UUGGUUCAGACAUAACUUCAUUUGGCAAAUACCUGAUGCCUACUCAGUGCCAGAUUUAGGGAAUGCGGAGAUCAUAAAUCACUGUCCUAAAUACCUCCGAUCAGAUGGGUCACAGAUUUCAUUACAGGCUAAGUCCACCUUCCGGCCUAGGCCGCCGCUGCUGCGGAAAGCUGCUUUCUGGCUCUCUGAGUCGAUUGUGACCAUGGCUGCUGAAUCCGAUGUCCUGCAUUUCCAGUUUGAACAGCAAGGAGAUGUAGUCUUGCAGAAAAUGAAUCUCUUGAGACAGCAGAAUUUAUUUUGUGAUGUGUCAAUUUAUAUUAAUGACACCGAGUUCCAGGGGCACAAGGUGAUUUUAGCUGCUUGCUCCACUUUCAUGAGAGAUCAGUUUUUACUUACGCAGUCAAAACAUGUCAGAAUCACCAUCUUGCAGAGUGCAGAAGUUGGCAGAAAACUGUUGCUGUCUUGCUAUACGGGAGCACUUGAAGUUAAAAGGAAAGAGCUUUUGAAAUAUUUGACUGCUGCUAGUUACCUGCAGAUGGUUCACAUUGUGGAAAAGUGCACAGAAGCUUUGUCAAAGUAUCUGGAAAUUGAUCUUUCUAUGAAAAAUAACAAUCAGCAUACCGACCUGUGUCAGUCCUCUGAUCCAGAUGUUAAAAAUGAAGAAGAAAAUUCAGAUAAAGACUGUGAGAUAAUUGAAAUUUCAGAAGACAGUCCCAUAAACGUAGAUUUUCACGUAAAAGAAGAAGAAAGCAAUGUUUUACAGUCUACAGCAGAGUUGACAUCAGAGAGGAAGGAAAUGAAGUCACCAGAGCUGUCUUCAGUAGAUAUUGGUUUUAAAGAUAACGAAAUUUGUAUCCUCCAUGUGGAAUCUAUCAGUACUGCCGGUGUAGAAAAUGAGCAGUUUUCACAGCCUUGUACCUCUUCAAAAGCAACCAUGUAUUUCUCUGAAACACAGCAUUCACUGAUCAAUUCUACAGUUGAGAGCAGAGUGGCAGAAGUUCCUGGGAAUCAAGAUCAGAGCUUAUUCUGUGAGAAUACUGAAGGAAGUCAUGGUACAGUGACUGAGAUUCAGAACCUGGAGGAUGCUUAUUCACUGAGGCACCAGUGCCCCAGGUGUCCCCGAGGAUUUCUUCACGUUGAAAACUAUCUGCGCCACCUUAAGAUGCAUAAACUGUUCUUGUGCUUACAGUGCGGGAAAACAUUUACACAGAAGAAAAAUCUCAACCGGCACAUUCGAGGGCACAUGGGCAUACGGCCCUUUCAGUGCACUGUGUGCUUGAAGACCUUUACUGCCAAAAGCACACUUCAGGACCACUUGAACAUACACAGUGGAGAUCGCCCAUACAAAUGCCACUGUUGUGACAUGGAUUUCAAGCACAAAUCUGCCCUCAAAAAGCACUUAACCUCUGUCCAUGGCAGAAGUAGUAGUGAAAAACUACCCAGGCAUGAUCUCAAAAGGCAAAAUCUACUAUAAUUAGAACCACACCUUGCUGUGUAAGCCUUGUAUUGUUCUGUUAGGCAAGUUUUUCUAUAGAAAUGCAGCAGUAUAGUUAUACUGCAUUCCCCUCCUCCCCCAUCUUUGGGUCUUAAUUUUGGUCUGCCUACACGUGUUAUUCUUUCUGAACUUCUACGAACAGUUCCAAAGUGUGGGAGACAUGAUAAAGCUAAUGGGAUGCUGUCUUAUCUCAUGUAUUAUAUGUAAGUCCCAGUGGUAUAACUAGAGAAAUAAUGUUCCUGUCUUAAAUAUUCUUGAUUCCAGUGACAGAGGAUCCAGCAGUAUUUCUAGGUUCUAAUUUUGAGUCUCUAGAUAAAUGAUACAAAUGUAAAAUCCCAACCAUAUAAAAAUUUUUAGGAAUUAGGAUAACAGGAAGAGAAAAUAACUUAAAAAAAACCGCUAUGAUCCAUUAUUAGUUCUUUGUAGAACUAGUGAAAUAUAGAUAUAUAUAUACACACAUAUACAUAUAUGUGUGUGUGUAUCUAUAUAUAUAUUUACAAACUACUGUUGGGUUCUUAACUAAGUACCAAGGUACUUGUUUUAAACUGUAAGGGAACACACUUCAAAUUCACUUGGGAGUAGCGGAAUUUCCUUGUAUGUGGGCUAAUCUUAAAACGAUGUUUCCAUGACUUGUUAGUAUACAUAAUUUAGAAGUGAUUAAUUGGGCCCAGGUUUCUCAAUUUUAUUUAACAGAGUUGUAUUUAGUAAUUUUAUGACCAGUGAAAUUAUACCAUUGGCAUGAAACUCUGAAAAAUUUCUUUUAGAAAUUCCAAUUUUGGGGCACCUGGGUGGCUUAGUCAGUUAAACAUCUGACUUCAACCCAGGCCAUGAUCUCAUAGUUUGUGAGUUCAAGCCCCACUUUGGGCUCUGUG